GGUUUACGCCCCGUAUCAACCGCCAUCAUGGGUUGCAUGAGCUCCAAGGUUGAUCCGGAGGACAAGGAGGCCCUCAAAGCCAAUGCGAACAUCGAAAAGCAGAUUCGCACCGACAAGAAAACCUUCGAUCGCACCGUCAAAAUCCUUCUAUUAGGUGCCGGAGAGUCUGGAAAGUCCACCAUCAUUAAACAGAUGCGCAUUAUUCAUUCCGGCGGAUUUCCCCAAGAUGAACGAGAACAGAAUCGCGCAGUUAUCUACUCGAACCUCAUUGUUGCCUUCAAGGUUCUUAUGGACAUCAUGAAUAACCAAAAAAUCGAUUUUGAAAAAGAGGACAACAAGUCACUGGGCCAGCUACUUCUAAAAACCGAGGCCGAUGUCGACACCGAUGUAGCCUUCUCCGAUACCAAAAUUCGAGAUGCUAUGAAACAGCUGUGGAGCGACGCUGGCGUCCAGAAGGCCGUCUCUCGCGGUCACGAAUUCGCUCUUCACGAUAACUUGCAUUAUUUCUUUAAUUCCCUCGAUCGUCUAUAUUCUCCCGGAUGGUUACCUGACAACCAAGACAUGCUUCAUUCACGUUUGCGCACCACCGGUAUCACCGAGACCCUCUUCGAAUUAGGCCAACUAAAUUUCCGCAUGAUGGACGUCGGUGGUCAGAGAUCGGAACGUAAGAAAUGGAUACACUGCUUCGAAGGCGUUCAGUGUCUGCUGUUUAUGGUUGCACUAUCCGGUUAUGAUCAAAGUCUUCUCGAGGAUCAGAACGCAAACCAAAUGCAUGAGGCUAUGAUGCUUUUCGAGUCACUAGCAAAUGGCGAGUGGUUUAAGAGGAAGCCCAUCAUACUCUUUUUGAAUAAAAUGGAUCUUUUCAAGAACAAACUCGCCGUAUCACCCAUCGACAAACACUUCCCAGACUACAGCGGCUCGCCGACUGAUUUUGAUGCAGCCGCCAAGUACUUUGCCGACCGAUUCCGCAGCAUUAAUCAAGGAAACGACAGCAUACCAAUUAUGCUGUCCUCCUCUCUCCGGCGUGCUGUCCGCACGUCCACCGCAUUCCCCAGUAUCGUGCUUCCGUCUUCAGUCGGCGUCUGCGCCCCGGUAAACGGUGUGCUGAAUACGACCACGCAACGAAGAGCACACCAACGCCGUCUGUCAUCGUCCAAACCUCCUGCGCCUCCGAGCGACGGUUCGCGACCCUUUGAUACCUCGUCUCCCCAGGCCACGACUGGCAAAGCCGUAGGCCCGGCAGAGCGAGACGGCCAGCAGCGCAAGUCCGCCAAAAGGAAAGGCAAAGACAGUUCUAGCAACAAUGCCAGAAACAAUCAAUCUUCGGCAUUUUUGAAUGUCCCCAGUGUACCUUCUACCCAUCAUUUAUCGCCACAAGAUAUGCAUCUUGCCUCGUUUUUUUCGCUUCACCGUCCCAUUUCUGUCAGCACUACCAUUCCUCCUCCGAUUAAUGACGAAGCAUUCAACGCCAUCUUUGACUCGAAAUCUCUGUCGCGAAGAGGGAGAGACGAUGUCAUGGACACAUUGUCAUCCACAGUGCGCUCACUAGAGAAUGCUACACGCAGCCGGAACGCUGGGUCACAAGCAUCAUCCUCGGCAGACAUGGACGUUAUCCAUCUCGACAACGUUUCGGAAGAGGACUUGCACACCUCUAUCGGAGAGUUUGCCAAGCGACUGGCUCCUUUCAAUCCGCCCGCGGCCCCCGAGCCUUACAACGAGGAAGACCUUGCAGCAGACGAUGCCCAGAAUGAAAUGGACUCGCCCCUCCGAACGUUUUCCACCGUCCUCACCAUUCACGAGUCGGUCCACCCAGAUGGCCACAAAACAUACGAAGCGCACGUCUCUCCGUUCGUCCACGAAGACAUGGAAGCUCCAGGUUCAUCAUCGGUUGAAUCUGAAGAACCUAACAACGGGCUCGUCCGGAAAUCGUACAUUGAGCGCGUGUACAACGACAGGAUGCAAGCCAUCUCCGUGCGACGACAACGGAAAUUGAAAAUGAAGAAGCACAAGUUCAAGAAACUGUUGCGAAAAACGCGGACCCUGCGUCGCAAGCUGGAUAAAGCUUGA